AUGCCCAUAGGAAAUGGAGGCAAGCAACCGGAGGACGCCGGCCAAGUUCAGGGAAAUAGUGGCAGGAGACCGGUAGGAGCUGCUCCAGUAGGAGGAAAUGGUGGAAAUCUACCUCCCCGAAACCCACCAAGAGGAAACCUUGGGGGUGACCCAGAACCUUCCGACGAUGAUGACGACGAUAACAGCGAAUGGUCGCACGGUCGGAAGAAUUGGAGAAUGAACCGAGGUGUGAACCGGAAUUCGGCGCCGCCUGAGGACGAGGAUAUGGUAGAUUCGCUUGCCAAAAUACCCUUCGAGUUCGAUAAUGCCAGGAAGCAUAACCUGCGGCAUUGGCUCAUGGAAUGUGAGAUUUACUUCGAGCAGAAGCCGAAGAAGUUCCAACGGACAGGAACAAGGUACUAUUCGCUGGAACAUAUACAGUAUAUCGAGACCAAAAUGUUGGGUCCGGCAGGAGCAGACUAUGCCACUUGGGCUCGGUUUCGUCAGGAAGUCAGGAAACGUUUCCUAAGCACUCAGGAGUCUAUGGAAAACACGAUGAAGAUGCAGCAGUUUAAGUACUCUGCUAACAUCGGCGACUACCUGACAAGGAUGGAGAUCAUGAACCAGCAUGCUCAGAUGAAAGGGGCAUCCUAUCGCGCCGCCUUGCUCCAAGGGCUACCAAAUGAAAUCCGAGAACGCCACUCAUGCUUCGAUCCAACCGAUGACGACUCCGAGUACAUCCAACAGUUGGAACGAGCCGGCAAGGCUCACGAGGCUUAUCAGGAGCAGAUGAAAAUGUUGGGAAAAGCGGAGUCGAGAGGGAAGGAGUCGAACCAUGGUGGGAACUCGCGGCCGAAGGAGAAGGGGUUUAAGAUCAAGGGAAGGGCUCAGAUUGAGGAGAAGGAAAAAGGGCAAGAUAAGAAGAGCACCAGCAAGAAUAAGUCUGGGAAUAAACCAAUAUACCACGACUACGACGAAGCCACCAAAGGAGUUCCACAACCGGUCCGAGACCAGCGAAAGACCGACGGUGUCUGCGUGCGAUGUGGCCGAAAAGGUCAUCUUUGGAAAUGGUGUCGUUCAGAAGUUAACAGCAGUGCAUCUAUCUCCUCCUUCUCCCGAAAGCGUACCCGCGAUGACGAUGGCGACCACGAUAUGGAACCACCGGAACCCCAACCUCAGAGAAAGCGAAUGAGGCACCGUGCUAGGAAGCCGGCUGCUACGGCUGCUGCGGAGUACACCAGCGGGCAAGCGUUUGUACGGGAACGCGGAUCGGAAUCUGAGAUGGAUUUCGAUAUGGAUUUUUCGAAGGGGACUCUGAUGAGUCAGGUCAGGAGUAUCCCCAGAUUGCUAUGUUAUCACUGA